AUGGAGCUCUGGGAGAUUAAGUGUGCUGGUAGUAGCUUUACUUGGAUCAGGCCCAAUGGAAGUGUGAAGAGUAGUCUUGAUAGAUUCCUGGUUUCAGACCAGUGGUUGUCUACCUGGCCUGAUAGUUUUCAACAUUUCCUCCCAAGGGACUUUUCUGACCAUUGGCCAACCAUCUUGCAAACCAAGAGGGUGGACUGGGGUCCUAAGCCUUUUAGGGUAGCUGAUUGGUGGCUUCAUCAAAAAGGGUAUCAAAAAUUGGUGAGGGAGACUUGGAGUAGUGCUCAGCAGGGGGGCUGGGGGGGUUUUGUUCUCAAAAACAAGCUAAGGUACUUAAAAGAUGUCAUAAGGCAGUGGAGUAAAGAUUAUGGGUUCAUUAAUCACAAAGGAAUUCAGAAAAUCCAGCAGAAGCUAAAUGAAGUGGAAGACCUAGCAUCUAAUAGAAUUCUAUGCGAGGAUGAGAUUAAGGCUAAGAGAGCUUUACAGCAAGAACUAAGAAAUUAUAAUGGUCUCCAAGGAAUUCUCAUUGGUGGUGUGUGGGUUCAGGAUCCUAAUGUAGUCAAGAAAGAAGCUGUGAGUUUUUUCCUCAACAGAUUCACUGAAAAGCAUUAUUUCAGACCUACCCUUGAUGGAGUACAAUUCCCCUCAAUUAACCAGAGGCAGAGGGAGGACUUCAUUGCCCCUUUCUCAGAUCAAGAGAUCAAAGAAGCAGUGUGGAGCUGUGGUGGGGACAAAUGCCCUGGGCCUGAUGGCUUUAAUUUCAAUUUUAUUAAAGAAUUUUGGGGAGUGGUGAAACCUGACUUCAGAAGAUUUGUGGAUGAGUUUCAUGUGCAUGGCUGCUUCCCUAGAGGCAGCAAUGCUUCCUUUCUGGGUCUAAUUCCCAAAAUUAAACACCCUCAGUCCUUUGAUGAUUACAGACCAACCUCCUUGAUUGGAUGUAUGUACAAGGUGAUAGCGAAGUUACUAGCAAACAGAUUGAGACAUGUUAUAGUUGGAGAAGGCAUCUCAGGAUUGAUGAGGGAAGCAGUUCAGAAAAAUCUAUAUAGAAGUUACAUGGUUGGAAAGAAAAAGGUACCCACUAAUAUUUUGCAAUAUGCAGAUGACACAGUUUUUGUGGGAGAGGCUGCUUGGGAGAAUGUUCUUGUUUUGAAGGCUCUGCUUAGAGGCUUUGAACUGGCCUCAGGACUGAAGAUUAACUAUGCUAAAAGCCAAUUUGGGAUCAUAGGAGGGAUGGUUAAUUGGGCAAAUGAGGCAGCCCAAAUUCUGAAUUGUAGGCAAAUGGAAACUCCUUUCUAUUAUCUGGGUAUCCCUAUUGGGGCUAAACCCUCAAGCAGAUUGGUGUGGGAGCCUUUGAUCAAUAAAUGUGAAUCCAAAUUAUCCAAGUGGGCACAGAAGAAUAUAUCCAUGGCAAGGAAGGUGACUCUAAUAAAUUAUGUCAUCAAUGCCUUACCAAUAUAUCUAUUAUCCUUCUUCAAGAUUCCCCAAAAGGUAGCUCAUAGAUUGGUAGCAUUGCAAAGGAAUUUUUUGUGGGGGGGAGAUAGGGAGCACAAGAAAAUUCUAUGGGUAAAAUGGGAGGAUAUUUGCCUUCCUAAGGCUGAAGGGGGUCUCGGGAUUAAAGAAAUAUCUAAAUUCAAUGAAGCUUUGUUGGGAAAAUGGAUAUGGGCCUUAGCUUCUGACCAACAGCAGUUAUGGGCUAGAAUCAUUAACUCCAAAUAUGGAGGAUGGAAAGAGUUCCAGUUUGGAAGAGAUAAAAGGGGAUUUUCCUACUGGUGGAGGGACCUGAGGAAGCUUUAUCAUCAGGCUGACCAUAGCAUAUUUCAUCAAAACAUGGCUUGGAAGAUUGGGUGUGGGGACAGAAUUAACUUCUGGACAGACAGAUGGGUAAGGGAAGAAUUCACUCUUGAGCAGAAAUACAAUCAACUUUUCAUGAUCAGUAGACAGCAACACAGCCUCAUUUCAAUGAUGGGAACCUUCUCCCAGGAUAAUUGGAGAUGGGGCUUGAAGUGGAGGAGAAAUCUAUUUGACCAUGAAAAUGAUUUGGCAGUGAACUUUAUGGAGGAUAUUACUUCUAUCUAUAUUCAGAGAUAUGUGAAGGACACUAUGAUGUGGAAAGCUGAUUCUAGUGGUGUGUACUCCACCAAGUCAGCUUAUAGACUAAUGUUGAAGCCCAAUGUUCCUGGUUCAGAAGUGAGGAUUUCCAAAUUAAUAUGGAAGCUGAAAAUCCCCCCAAGGGCAGCAGUCUUCACUUGGAGGCUCCUCAAGGACAGGCUCUCCACUAAGGAACAAGCUCAAGAGGUUGCUCUUGUGUGUAUAAAGAACAAGCUCAAGAGGUUGCUCAAGAGGUUGGCAUUAACAGAUCCACUUAAACUGUUACAAGAACACAAUAAGGGAUUAGACCAAACAUACCUACGUGAGGUGGCGAAGGAGAAGAAGCACAGACUUCUGACGAUGCUCGAGUGCGACGAACACGAUGCUCGACCUUAG